ACUAUUUUUUUUUUGUGAAAAAAGUUUUUGAGGAGCUGCAAGUCAUUCCGUGCUUGUACUCCUUUUUUUUUGUUGUUGGUGUUUGCUGUGUGUCAUCAUGAUCUCGCCGGAACAGCAUGAAGUUGAUUUGGUAUUGGAUCGCCAAGUGCGCCGGAAUAUUCAGGACAUGAUGCACGAGGCUGAUGUACAAGCGAAUUUGUUAGAAAGCGAAGGCGUUUCGGCACGUGAGCGCUACAAUUCGGAGUCCAGCAUCGAUCAGGAUCAUUUACAGCAGGACACAAUGGCGGUGCUGGGCACUCUAUCUGCAGAUGAGAUUGUCGAGGAGGACCAAGACUCGGAGCAAGCGGUUCAGGAAAUACAGAACUUUCAUGAUAUGCUGGUAGAAACGCAUAUCGAUGUCAAUGGUUCGCUUAGAAAACGUCGCGGCAAUUUGCCAAAGCACUCGGUGAAGAUAUUGAAACGUUGGCUCUACGAGCAUCGCUACAAUGCGUAUCCCAGUGAUGCAGAGAAGUUUGCCCUUUCCCAGGAGGCGAAUCUAACCGUGCUUCAAGUAUGCAAUUGGUUCAUAAAUGCUCGUCGGCGCAUUCUGCCAGAGAUGAUACGCCGCGAGGGUAACGAUCCCUUGCAUUUUACUAUCUCGCGCCGUGGUAAAAAGAUAAGCCCAAACUCUUCGGGUUCCAUGGGUUUAAAUAUUAACUGCGCCCCAAAUCCCAUUACAGGCAGUCCUGCCUCGGAAGUGGUUGUUGGCGCUACAGAGGAGGUGCACAGUGCUGCUGAAAUGCAUGAGGGAAUUGCCAAUGUGCUCACCAACUUCGAUGAAUAUGUGCGGGCACCCAAUGGCCAAAUGGUCAAGAUGGAGCCAGAGUUCGAUGAGAGUGUAAUUUACAGUUGGCAACAAGCAAUAGCAAACAAUCCGAUGGGCUUUCAGAGGCUGCACACAUCGCUGCAAGCUACCAUAAUCGAUAAGAUACAAAGCUAUCAGUUGCGCAAGGCGGCCAUGAGCGAUGGUAGUACCACCAGCAGUAGCAGCAGCAGCAGCUAUAGCGCCAGCAAUUCCAUGCUAUCAUAUAGCCCUUAUGGCCAACUGCCACCCGAGUUCGAUGAGGACAAGCCAAGGAAGCGCGGACGCAAGCGUCAGAGCGAGCUGAACAAGACCGAGACUGUAGCAAAUAAAAUACUUAAGCAGCAGGAACGUGGCCAAGGGGACCAACAGAAACUGUAUCUGUCUAAAGCAGAAGUAUUUUCUAAACAGGAUGAUUGCAAUGGUUUUGUGGCUGCGCUUAGAUCCGAGGGUGAGGAAAGCGGCCAUGAUUACGAGUCCUGCGAGCAGGUCAGCGAGGAAGAAGUGCGCUUUGAGACCUCCGACGACUGGCAGAGUGUUAUCAACACCGAGGAAGUGACCACCACCAAAAAUAAUGCCAGUGCUUCCAAUUGUGAUCCAGUCCUCCCUCCCACGCAGAUUAAGAGUGAGGGCAAUCAGCAGCAACAACUACUGGAUCAUAUGUUGGGCGCCGAGGCAACGAUUGUGACGAGUUCGAAUGCAGAUGAUGGUGUUGCAUGUGCUCCAGAGCAGGAAGAAAAUGCUACCAUUACGGACAAUGAUAAUACACAACUUGAAACGCAAACACCGCCACGUCAAGCUUUAAGUCGUGAGGAACGCGAUAAAUAUAAAUGCCUUUAUUAUCUUGUGGAAACUGCUAUGGCUGUGCGUCAGAGCGACAGCGGCCAAGAUGAAGAACUUGCCUACAUGGGAAACUAUCUGAAUAACUAACCUCUUCUUAAUCAAGGAUUUAUUGUACAUAUUUAUCAAGUAUUUGAUUUAAAUUCCAAGCGUCAGGCUUGCGCUUGUUAAACUUAUUGAAGCGCGUAAGCGAUUUUCGAAUUGCUUACGUAUCGUUAACAGAGAAACUUCAAAACUCAAAUAGUAG